GGAAAAAGGAGGCGGACUGAGCUCUUUGUUUGUAGCUGUUUGCUAGCAGCUGUGCGCUGAAAAGUGUUUUUGUUUUUAAACUUUCUGGGGAUUUUUUUUUUUCCCAAACAAAUAUGUACAGUUGUAUGAUACGGUUUGGUGAGCAGUGUUUGCGAUGUUCAUUACAAUGUAUGAGCUCUGCAGCCAGGAAGGGAAGAUCUUUGCAGAACACCUUCCCGGUGUUGGACCUGCCUCUGCAGCCCAUCCAGCAACAUGUGUAUGAAGCCAACCUCUGUAACAGCGCCACCUGCUGCAACAAAAUGUGUGCCUGUGUGUGUGUCUGUCAGGUACAUGGAACUGAGGGAGGUGGUCAGGAAAGGGGGUGGGGACAAUGCCAUCGCCAGACACACCCAGAGAAAUAAGAAGUUACUGGUCAGAGAACGGCUCCACCUCCUUUUAGAUGAUGAUGACUUUCUGGAGCUGUCACCGCUGGCGGGUCUCGGCCUGCCGUAUGGGGACAUUCCUGCUGCCGGGGCCAUAACAGGCAUCGGCAGGGUUAGCGGUCUGUGGUGUGUGUUCAUUGCCAAUGAUGCCACAGUGAAAGGUGGCACAUCUUAUCCGAUCUCUGUAAAGAAGCAACUACGUGCACAAGAGGUGGCAAUUCAGAACAGUCUGCCCUGUAUCUACCUCGUAGACUCUGGAGGGGCGUUUCUACCUCUGCAGUCAGAAAUCUUCCCUGAUAAGAAUCACGGCGGGAGGAUGUUCUAUAACGAAGCAAUCAUGUCCGCCAUGAAAAUCCCACAGGUGUCUGUGGUGUGUGGCUCGUGCACGGCAGGCGGAGCUUACAUACCCACCAUGGCAGAGGAGACAGUGAUGGUGAACCGGAUAGGGAACAUAUUCCUAGGCGGGCCGCCCCUCGUCAAAGCCGCCACGGGUGAGGAAGUGACACCAGAGGAGCUGGGAGGAGCCAGACUCCAUGCUGAGGUGAGUGGCUGUGUGGAUCAUUUUGCCUGGGAGGAGGAGGCGGCGUAUGAAUACGCCAGAAACAUCAUUUCCACCCUCAACUACCAACUGCCAGUGGAAGAGGAGGUGCAGGAGGAGGAGGAGCCGCUGUAUAUUUCAGAGGAGCUGCUGGGACUUGCUCCGAGGAGUUACAACGAUAGUCUGGAUGUUAAAAUGAUCGUUAGUCGGCUGACAGACGGGAGCCGCUUUCAGGAAUUUAAAGCUCGUUACGGAACCACACUCAUCACGGGAUUUGCAAGGAUACAUGGCCACCUGGUGGGCAUAGUAGCAAACAAUGGCAAGCUGACACAGGAGGCGGCCCUCAAAGGAAGCCAUUUUGUCCAGUUGUGCGACCAGCGGGAUAUUCCACUCAUCUUCCUUCAGAAUACGGCGCCUACAGCACCGCUAACCCUCUGCAAAGCGCAGGCAGAGAUCAACAGUAACCAUCUGAAGGCGCAGGGGUCAAUGAUGUCAGCAGUGGCUUGUGCAUCUGUCCCUAAAAUCACCGUGGUGAUCGGUGGCUGUCAUGGUGCCGACAGCUACGCCAUGUGUGGGCGGGGCUUUGACCCAAACUUCCUGUUCCUGUGGCCAAAUGCCAGAGUGUCCAUGGUGGCGCCUGGUCAUGCUGGCGCUCUGUUUCCUCCUGGCACUGAGGAUGAGCAACAGCAGCAAGAGGAGGACUUGAACAGGAGACUGGAGGAGGAGAGUUCUGCGUUCUUCUCGUCCGGCCGGCUCUGGGACGACGGCGUGAUUCUACCUCAGGACAGCAGGAAGGUGCUGAGAGACUGUUUGGACAUCAUCAAACAGCAGCAGUUUCAGGUGUCCUCAGAGAAACAACUGUCAGCACUUUUACGCAUGUAGAGGCUUCAGAGAGCAGCAGGAUCUCAUAUCCAGGAUGAAGCUGAUGUUGAUAAAAAUACAGAGGGGUGGGUGGAUGAGUGAGCCUGCCCAUCCCAACCCACGACUGCUACCAUCUUAUACAUUCACACCUUAAGCACAUACAUCGAGGACAAACUGACUAAAAUCUGGUGAAUUUUGAAGCACCAGAUCAAGUUUGUUGAGCCUAUGAUGCAUCUGCUGGAUACGGCACCCAUCUUCGUCUGAGCUAACAAUGUAAGCUAGCAACCGCGAGAACCACUGUCCAAUAUGCUGCCAAACACAGGACGAAAUACACAACAGGAUGGGAAAGUAAAACCAGAAUUAAAUGAUGGACAGAAGGUGUGAAUGUUAAAAAUGUUGUCAGUUCUGCAGAUUAUUGAUGGAUAACUUGAAACGUUCUCCAGCUCGUACAACGCUAAUUUAAACUGAGGUGGAUCCAGGAAUCACUAUGGAAUGUUCAGGCUCACUUAUCACUUAGAAAAGCAACAUUAAAGUUAAAGGUAAUUUUAUUUUAUUCAUAUGAAAAACAGAUCAAAUGUAAAUACAGCUCACAGUAAAAUCAACAGAUUUGUUGCAUAUUGUAGUAAUAUAUUGUUAAGUAAUGAGUUUACUUGUUUGGCACCACCAUGCAUCUUGUUGGUUUAUAUGUCACCUUGUUUUAAUGCCUCAAAUUUCACAAGUAACUGAAAAAUCAAUGGAUUUCUCUUGUUAUGCUCAUACAGAGAAAAAAGUAAACAAAUUCAAUUUAA